AUGGCUCGCAAUUCUUCCUCUGAAGACGGUGAUGUCUUCGAGGGUUUGCUCAGAUCCGAAACUGCAUCGGUAGAGCAAAAGGUCAUAGCAGAACGAACUCACGUUCACGAUGCGCAAUCUGAACAACGGACACUUGAAUUGCUAUCACAAAACCAAACUCUUCCCGUUACUCUCUCUUCCAUUCAGAUCCAUGGCGCCAGUCAUACGCGCAAAUCAUUCCUCAGUCCUUUAUUCCAGCCUUUACUUCAAGAUAGCAAGAAUGUCGACUAUACGCUGGCAGACAUGUUGGAACAGGUAGGUGGAGUCGUCGAGAAACUGCAAAAGUUCGACAUAUUUCAACCUCAGAUUCUGUUCCAUUUAUCCCGCCCCCCUCAUCUGGAUCCCUCUUCCACUCCAACAGACCUCGAUGUCGCUCUUCGUGUGCGCGAAAAAUCUCGACUCCUUCUCAAGACCGGUACCGAAUUAGGCAAUACCGAAGGAUCAGCAUACGGAUCUCUACUCUGGCGAAAUAUAUUUGGAGGCGCCGAGUCUUUAUCGCUCAAUGCGUCUGCAGGUACACGAACCAGAACUUCAUACAGCGCCGAAUUCAGCACCCCGAUACAAAGCAAUCCCAACUUGCGUUUCAGUCUCGAAGGUUUAGCAAGCAGUACGGAGAAGCCGUGGGCAAGUCAUGAAGAAGUCCUCAAAAGUGGAGGGGCAAAGCUGCAUUGGUUUAGGGAUAGCGGGGACCGACAUCAAUUCGGUUAUGCUGGUGCUUGGAGACAAUUGACUGGCCUCGGAGCUGGAGUGAGUCCCACCGUUCGAGGUGACGCAGGGGACUCUGCCAAGAGUGCUAUUUCCUACAUAUUCCAGCGCGAACGAAGAGAUAAUCCGAUGCUGCCACAAAAGGGAUAUUUUGUCAAGACAACUACGGAGCUCGCGGGGUGGGGACCCCUAGGUGGAGAUGUGGGAUUCUCUAAGGCCGAAUUCGAGGCUUCGGGAGCGGUCCCCAUCCCUUUACCGGGGAUCCGAGGGUCAUCCGGCGUAUCCAUUGGUGCCGGCUUCCGAGCCGGUCUACUAUACCCUCUUCCGUUAUCCUACGGUCUUGGCGGUGCUGCACCUAGCCGAAUUAACGACCGGUUUACUCUUGGCGGCCCGACAGAUGUGCGAGGCUUCUCGUUGGGUGGUCUAGGCCCUAGAGAUGGUGGUGAUGCGCUUGGUGGUGAUAUCUUCGCUGCAGGGAGUGUCAACAUGCUACUCCCUCUACCUCGAAUUGGGCCAGACUCCCCGUUCCGCCUCCAACUAUUUGCCAACGGUGGCCGGUCCGUAGCCAUGAGGAGUAAAACGAAGGGGGGUGAUCCCGUCGCUGGGCAACAGCUGAGUGCUGGCUCGGUGUGGGAUGGCAUGAUCUCCGCCUCCAAGGACCUUAGUUCGGGACUUCCCAGCAUCGCUGCUGGUGUAGGUCUCGUAUACGCACAUCCGGUAGCGAGGUUUGAGUUGAACUUUAGCUUGCCAUUAGUGCUGAGGCAAGGCGAAGACGCCAGGAAGGGACUCCAGGUCGGCGUGGGAAUUAAUUUCCUAUAA